AUGGAUAAUAUAAUGAUUGAAAAUAUCGAUUUGAUAGAUAUUGACAAAACACCAAAUAUUAUCUUAUUCCCAUUACCUACUGGUUGGGCAUUAAAGCACAAUCAAAAAUAUAGAAAAAAAGGAGGAAAAAGAUUAUCAAAAGACGUGAUGGAAGUUUUAAAAAGGUUCUUUAUGUUGGGUCAAGCAAACUCAAAUGAUCAAUAUACUGCUAGUAAUAUGUAUAAUGGUCUAUUAGAGCUUGUAAAAUGUGGAGAGAUCAAUAAAGAGGAUGUAGCUAAACAUGCAUUAAAUAUUUCUGCACAAGCCACAAAUGAAAUAAUUACAAUUGAGGAUAGCGAUACUGAUCUUGAAUCUAAUAGUAAUGAAAAUAGAAUGGCUAUAUCACAUUUAGAAAAUAGGAAUUAUGAUAAUGAUAUAUUUUUAGAUAAAAUGUUUCAAAAAGAUGAUAAAUUAUAUGGAGAUUUAUUUCAAGCUGAUACUUUUAUUGAAAACUUAUCUCAAGAAAGUUCUAAUCAAGCAAGUAGUUCUUAUACAUUAAUUGAAGAUACAGACCAUGAAAGUCUUAUGUCAGUUGAUAGUCAAUCUCGUGAAAAUAUUAGUAGCUACAAGCAAUUACGUGAUUUAGCAGUACAACAAGUUAAAAAAAAUUAG